AUAAAAAGUUAUCUGUCAAAGCUUUAUCUUUAAAAAUUAAACAAAAAAAAAACCUUUUUUAUACGAGAUAUACAUAGUUAUAAAGAUUAUAUUUGGGUCACAGUUGCCGUUAAUCAGGACUCCUUGAUUAAUGAGUCAAAACUUAUUUUAUAUUUAGAGUGAUAAACUGUAGUUAUUGCAAAGCAGAAUCUGAUUUUGCAUCGUCAGCAUUGAUUUAAAUUGUCAGUUAGCCGAAAAUGUUUAAGUAUUUGGCGGGGAUCUUCGCCAAGCCGCGCAAUGACUACGUGGACGGUCGUUUGACCAACGUGGCCAAGCCUGGAAACUCCUCCCAGGUGAAGGCGUCCCUGAAAAAAGUCGUCAGGGGAAAGGGGAAGCCGGAAGUCCGGGAGCCACGUCGCCGCCGGGAGGAGAAGCUCGGAAUGCGACCCUGCAGUCGGACCACUACCAAGUCCCCUAGCAUCCAGCUAGAGCCGAUCAGCUACAUAGUCGAUGUCGCGGAAUCAUCCUCGUUCAACGAUGACGGAGAAACCACUAUCGAAGACAACGAUCUCUGCUCGAAACCACUGGAGGAUCAGGACCAGAAGAAGGUAGAUUUCAGUUACAUUGUAAGGCCGUCGACGCCCAUUGCUCCGCCGGUUACCCGCAUCCAAAGUUGGAUGAGCUGCGCCACAGCUCCUUUGGAUGCCAAUCCCUUCAGUGAACACGAUGGUCUCGAUGUUCAGAUGCAGCUUUCCGAUGUCGAAAUCGAUGAGAUGAUAGAAUCAUUUACAAUUAACGAAGAUGAUUUCUUUUAAUAACCUUAUAUUCCAAGAAGACUGCUUCUACCAUUGUAGGGCCAACUAAGAAUUACCUGCAAAUAAAAGAGAAGUAUCCCAAAAUCAAAAAAAAUA